CGAUCUCAUAACACCGGGAUCACGCCCUGAGCCGAAGGCAGACGCUUAACCGCUGUGCCACCCAGGCGCCCCCAGCCUCAUUUUUUUCUGUUUGGAAAAAUACAUAUGCAUAUGUAUGUACAAAUAUUAUGAACCUGUUUUGUAUACACCUGCACGUACAAAUACAUCUUGAUCCUGUGCUGGGUCUUUCUGUCUUUCUGUUAAUCUGUUUGCCUACUUCUGUGCCUACUCACUUUUUAAAGUUGCAUAGUUGUAUUUAGUAGAACAUGUCCUCCCAUUUCUUCCCCCCUCGCUUCCAGUAUGUAAGAAUACAACUGAUUUUUUAAAAUUUAUUUAUUUAUUUAUUUGAGAGAGAGCACACAUGUGAGCGGGGGAGGAGGGGAGAGAAUCUCAAGCGGACUCCCCCCUGAGUGUGGAGCCCAUCUCGAUCUCAUGACCCCUGAGAUCAUGACCUGAGCCAAAGCCAAGAGUUGGAUGCUCAACCGACUGAGCCUCCCAGGCACCCUUAGGAUUGAUUUUUCGCAUCAGCUUUUCAGAGUAUCACUGUAAACACGUGGAGCUGGAGAUUACCAGACAUCUGUGGAUAGCCUGCAGCAUAAAGGGUGGACUCAUACAGACAAGAGAAGCAACUUGGGAGAAACAGACCUGCAGAAGGUUGAAAAUUUAGCAAGGGCACAUUUUAAUGUCCUUAGAAGUAUGAGAUGAUAUAUCCAUAAAGCCAGAAGAUAUUCCGACAAAAGAGCAAUAAAUAAGAAUGAACUUUGAGGAGUUAAAAAAAUGUGAUGGCAGAAAUGAAAAACUAUGAAAAGAUUUUGUUGACAAAGUUGAGGAAAUCUCCAGAAAGACCAAGUGAUAGAGAUAGAAACAGGAGAAAAGUACACCUGAAACUAAUGUUAUAUAUCAACUAUACUUCAAUUUAAAAAAAAUUUUUUUUAAGGAAAAAAGAAAACGAAUGGUAUAAACCAUCAAUGAAAUAAAGAAAAUACCCCAGAAGUGAAGAAUAUUUACUUCUAACCUGAAAGACCUAGCACAUGCUGAAUAGCAAGGAUGGAGUAAACCCAGUACUUCAGAGCACUAGACACAGAGGAAAAUCUAAGUGAUGUGAGAGAGGGUUCAGAGGAACUGGGGGGUUCAGGGUUCUUACUUACAUCUACCCCCAUAUCCCUAUCUCAAGUGUCAGGAUCCUACCCUUUUUCUUUAAGGACCCUAACCUUGACAUAGGAAACCUUCUGGGGCUGAGGAUUCCACCUUCUCUAAAGCUCUGCUACUCCUCCAUUCGUAUGUGAGCUGGUUCUCCACCCUGAUGCCCACUGGACGCAAGAGGUCCUCCUUAGGCUUUCCUUAAAUGCUGUCCAGGGAGCCCGCUGGCUUUUGCAGUCUGCCUCGGCUUGCUGAUUGGUUCUGCAGAAUCUAGUGACUGUUUCCCUCAGCCUCUCAGCGCUGGAGGUACUGCACUUUUCAACCAGUAACCGCUUCCAACUGACCACUGCUGACAAUUUUAAUCAUUGCAUCGCUUCAAGCUAGAGACCAUCCAUGUUCUACCUACUACCAUGACAGGGUUCCAUUCUAGAAUUUGUGGAACCACUCCUGACACCAACCGUGUUAAAUGGGGUUCCCUGGGAACAGACUAAGAUGAAAAGAGACAUGAACAAGGUUUGUUGGGAUGCUAGUGCUCCAGGGGUACACAUGUAGGAGUAUGAGGAAGGCGGGAUUAGGCAAAAGGGGAGACUGACACGAGGAAGUUACAAGAGAAGCCUCAGCCUAUCCUUCAGGGGUGUUCCAUAUCGAGGCAAAGAGGCCAGGUCUUUGUAUCCCUGCAUCGACCAGUCAUUGGCAUGGGCUGUGUAAGAAGGCAUGUCACCUUGAGUGAGGCCGUCUCAGAGCAUGAAAGGUAUUACUGUGAGGGGAGCAGCUGUGUGCUCUCCACGUCUGGUAUUCCCAGCAGCUGGGAAAUGGGUGCACCGGCCCCAAAGUGGGUAUCUGAGUAGGGCAUGCUAGUACCCACUAAACCCAGUAAAGAACUGCUACAGAUGUGCCCAGAACUGUGCUAGCGCCCGUGGGUUAGCAUGGCCCAGCUCUCAAGAGCCUCAUAAACUAUACACAGCAGUUUAAUGUGUGUAUUGUCUGUUUCCACCCACCACACGAACAUAAACCAUAGGAGAACAGGCCCUGUAUUUUGCUUGCUCCUGCUUCCCCAGGCUCUAGAAACUUGACUCAUAGUCGAAUGAGCCUAACUGGAGGCUUGUGAUCAGAAGUAGGAAGUGGCUGUGUGUUGUGCAGAAUCGGGGCGGCAGGCAUCCAGAGACGGGGAGGUGGGGCUCAGCGUGGGUGUGAAGCACUUUCUAACGGAGGUGAGACUCUGCGUGAGGACAGUGCAAGCAUUCAAUGAGUGGGUUUUAUUUUCAGCAUCCAAACGGUUGGCGGAAGCGCUUCACGUUCCACACGAGAGGUAUUGUGCGCGGGAGAGUCAGACGUAGCCCUAAGUAGCUGCAUGGCCCUGGGGAGUCCCGAGGCUCUCAGGACCCUCGUGAGCAGAGCCGGAGCAGUAGUGCUGCCUUCUGAGGUCGUCGAGGCCUAGAGCACUGGCCCAGGAGUCUUCUUUCUACCCAUCAGCAUAGGAGAGGGUUACUCCUGGGAGGAAUGAGGGUGACAAAGUUGAUAGAGCCCGGGCAAACUCCAGGCUCUGGUCAUGCACAGGGCCUGCCCUUGGACCUUCUCCCAUCAUCUCUCCCUCCCUAGCCUACACACGUGUACAGAUACGCUGUUCAGGAGCUGAGCUAGUGGGUUUUAAAGUCUUUUCCUUAUCGUCUCCCCCGUCAGGCAGUAGUCGUAUGCUUAUGCAGAGGAGGGAGCAGCCGCCAGAGGCAGGCUGUCCUCACCAUGGCCUGUAGCCAGCCCCUGGCCAGAGUCAAGGGCCGGCUCCGUAUCCGAAGCCUCCUGGCCCGACAGUGUCUGGCAGAGUUUCUGGGCGUGUUUGUGCUCAUGUUCCUCACCCAGGGGGCUGUGGCCCAGGCUGUCACCAGCGGAGAAACAAAAGGCAACUUCUUCACCAUGUUUCUGGCUGGCUCUCUGUCUGUCACGGUAGCCAUCUACGUGAGUGGUAACGUUUCAGGGGCCCACCUGAACCCAGCCUUCUCCCUGGCCAUGUGCCUCCUGGGACGCCUCCCCUGGGCCAAGCUCCCCAUCUACUGCUUGGUGCAGCUUCUGUCAGCUUUCUGUGCCUCUGGGGCCACCUAUGCCGUCUACUAUGAUGCCCUACAGAAUUACACAGGUGGCAACCUGACGGUGACUGGCCCCAAGGAGACAGCCUCCAUCUUUGCCACCUACCCUGCUCCUUACCUGUCCCUGAACAAUGGCUUCCUGGAUCAGGUUCUGGGCACAGGAAUCCUGGUUGUGGGGAUCUUGGCCAUCAUAGACACACAGAACAAGGCGGUGCCUGCAGGCCUGGAGCCUGUGGCUGUGGGGUUGCUGAUCCUAGCCAUCGGGCUAUCCCUGGGCGUCAACUGUGGGUUCCCACUCAACCCUGCCCGUGACCUGGGCCCACGGCUUUUCACCUACGUGGCUGGCUGGGGCCCCGAAGUCUUCAGUGCCGGUAAUGGCUGGUGGUGGGUGCCUGUGGUGGCCCCUCUGGUGGGGGCUACGCUUGGCACAGCCACAUACCAGCUGCUGGUGGCUCUCCACCACCCGGAGGAGUCAGAGCCAGCUCAGGAUCUAGAGUUUGCCCCACACAAAGCCUCAGACUUGGAAAUGCCUGCCUCAGUUCAGUUGCCGACGCUGCGAUUCUGACACGACAGCCCUCACCUCCCUUGUGGACACUGGAGAGGGCCAGAGAUCCAGGGCUGGUGAUGACACAUUCUUCCUCUGAACGAAGACACCAGCGUCGCCGUUCGCUAUCGAGGCAUCGCUUCCUCCUGAGCUGGGGAGGAUGCCUGGACGGCGAUCCCGGGCCAGGGCCCUCUCCUCCUCCCCUCCUCCCCUCCUCCCCUCCUCCCGUCCUCCCGUCCUCCCCUCCUCCCCCAGCAGGUCUUCGGACCCUGAUGGCUUCCGCGGACGUAGUGCGUCAAAGUGGCCGCCAGAGGGCGCGCCCUGAGCGGCGCGGGAGGGCCGAGGCGAGCGGGGGCGGCGAGGGGGGCUUCCUGCGGAGCGGGUCCGCCUGCCGGGCUCCCAUCCCCAGAACCUCGCAGGGUGGCUCUCCAGAUGGCGAGGGGGCGAAUCGGGCCUGCCUGAUGGCAGGGAGCGCCAAGGGGGAAACUGAGGCACGGCCCAAUGCCCAGACUCUCCAGCCGUCUGUCCCGGAGAGGGGUGCGGUGCGCCGCGGGGCAAGGCCCUGACUCCGGGGCCGCGGGGGGCGCUCCGGGCCCCUUUCCAGCGAAUAAACGCGCCGGCGCUCCCUUUGGGGCGCCGGGCUGGCCAGUCGGAAGAGCUUGCGACUCGAUCUCGGGGUCGUGGGUUCGAGCCCCAUGUUGGGUGUGGAGAUUACUUAAAAAAAUAAACUUGAAGAAACCGAGAAACGUCUGGGCUCGCUACUCUCCCGGCUAACUUGGGCUUUUUGGCUGCGGGAUGGAUGUGCAGUGCGUGGGGCGGGAGACGCGGCCUCGGAAGGGUUAAGACCCCCCCCCGCCCCGCACAAAGAU